AUGUUAUCCGCAAUGCAAGAAGGGGUCCAGCACAUACUAGAAUGGGUCCGCCUCUUUAACUCAGGUACCUGGCUUACAACUGACGGAACUCAUUAAAUUCAGCACUGCUAACAAAUUUAAAUAGUUCACUGUCCCACAUGCUUGUAUUGUAUACCCCUCAUUCAGAUUUAUUUCACGCUUUCUCUUCCCCUCUCUCUCUCUCCUCCUCUCCCUGUCUCUCUUUCACAGGCAGACAGUUUGAAGGAGGAAAAGUGGAAGUGUACACCAUGGUGAAAAAUGUUCACUACCCAAGAGACACUGAGACCCACGGCAAUACAGCCGCCAUCCAUCCUCAACUCCAGAUAUGCAAUCAUUACAGCCGCCAUCCAUCCUCAACUCCAGGUAUACAAUCAUUACAGCCGCCAUCCAUCCAUCCUCAACUCCAGGUAUACAAUGCCCUUGAAACUUAAACUUGACAUGGACUUAGUAUGGGACGCACUAUAGUUUCCUUCUAAGCAAGGGCCUGCUGGUUGUAGAGCUAGCUAUCAUUGUCCCAAGUGGUUUUAUAAUAUUAUAUGGUCAUGUGUAACAGCAAAACAAUCUCUGGGUCAGGAUCUGGUAUAGCCACACUUUAACUCCUCUCUCUCAGGAUCGGGACUUCUGCCUCCUCCUCACCCCUACGAUCCUUUGUUCCACACUUCCUCAUCAUCAUCAUGAUUCAUCAUCAUCAUCAUCAUCAUCUUCAUCAGACACUAAAGUACCAAGGGACUGAGCCUCUCUAUCCAUUCUUCAUGAAUGAAUGUGCGUACUAUGAGAAGGGCGUAGCUCUCUCCCUGGCAAGACAGAGAGGUGCGGGACCAUCCCAUCCGGUUGGAGAGAGAAAGAGAACAGGGAAAGAGGAAAAAGUUCAGCAGAAGAAAUGGAGGAGGAAGAGGAGAUGGAGGACGAAGGCUAUCAGAAGCUAAUGGAAUAUGGAGAGGAGAGUUACUAA